UUGGUAAAUCGUAGGUCACACCAAAUGAAAAUAGAUAAAACGCAAAUUGCGGUUUUAUAUAUUGCAACACACCGGUCUGUCGUUUCAAUUGGUUACUUUGUGAUGUCGUCGUCGAGAAUCAAGUGUCGUCGUCUUUUAUAAAGUUUUAUUAAGAUAUCCAGAGAAUCCACUUACUUACGUGAUUUACUUCCUAAAUAUAUGUGUCGAAAAAGUGGCUUAUCGUGAAAUUUGUUUUGUUGUGGACUGAACUAGAUUUGAGAUAAGUUUCUAAUUUUAGUCAUCCUACUAAGAAAAGUGUAUUAAUGAUGACCGAAAACAGAAUUAGUGCAAUAAAUCACGUCGGAAACAGUAUAAAUAAUCAGAAAGGAGAUGUUGAUAAAACUGUUGAUGACAUGGGAUGGAAAUCAAAAUUAAAACUGCCGCCUAAAGAUGGAAGAAUAAAAACCAGUGAUGUAACAGACACAAGAGGAAAUGAGUUUGAAGAAUUUUGCCUCAAGAGAGAAAUCCUUAUGGGUAUUUUUGAAAAAGGAUGGGAAAAGCCAUCACCUAUUCAAGAGGCUUCAAUACCCAUUGCUCUCAGUGGUAAAGAUGUACUUGCUAGGGCCAAGAAUGGGACUGGAAAAACGGGUGCAUAUUGUAUUCCAGUAAUAGAACAGGUGGAUCCUAAAAAAGAUUGUAUCCAAGCUUUAAUUGUGGUACCAACAAGAGAAUUAGCAUUACAAACUUCACAAAUCUGCAUUGAGUUGGCAAAACACACUGAUAUACGUGUGAUGGUGACAACAGGAGGCACAAACCUCAGAGAUGACAUCAUGCGUAUAUACCAAAAUGUUCAAGUGAUAAUUGCCACACCUGGCCGUAUUAUUGAUCUCAUGGACAAGCAAGUAGCUAAAAUGGACCAGUGUAGAAUGUUGGUACUUGAUGAAGCUGACAAACUUCUCUCUCAAGACUUCAAAGGCAUGCUAGACUUGGUUAUCUCAAGAUUACCAAAAGAACGCCAAAUCUUGCUAUUCUCAGCCACUUUCCCAUUAAGUGUAAAACAGUUCAUGGAAAAACAUCUCCGGGAACCAUAUGAGAUUAACCUGAUGGAGGAACUAACACUGAAAGGAGUCACACAAUAUUAUGCAUUUGUACAAGAAAGACAAAAAGUGCACUGUUUAAAUACACUCUUUUCAAAGGUACAAUUACAAAUUAACCAAUCAAUAAUAUUUUGCAAUUCGACUCAGCGCGUGGAGUUGCUCGCCAAGAAGAUAACAGAGUUGGGCUACUGCUGCUACUACAUCCAUGCGCGGAUGGCGCAAGCGCACAGGAACCGCGUGUUCCACGACUUCCGCGCGGGUUUGUGCCGCAAUCUCGUAUGCUCAGAUCUGUUCACGCGCGGUAUCGACGUGCAAGCCGUGAACGUCGUCAUCAACUUCGACUUCCCGCGCAUGGCCGAGACGUAUCUGCACCGCAUCGGGCGGUCGGGCCGCUUCGGCCAUCUCGGUAUCGCCAUCAAUCUCAUCACGUACGAGGAUCGGUUUGCUCUCCACCGUAUCGAGCAGGAACUCGGCACGGAGAUAAAGCCGAUCCCGAAGGUAAUCGACCCCGCCCUGUAUGUGGCGCGCGUCUGUGAAGAAGAUGACGGCGCGGACAAGUAACGCCGCCGCCUUUCGAUGACUACAAAAACAAUUUGUAAAAAGUGUAAUGAAUUUAUUAUAACAAAAUGUGAGUGUAUAUAGUUUAUCGUGAUAUAAGACACUGACCUUUGAGAAGGUUACUUUUUUAAAGUGUAUAUAAACAAACAUCGGGUCUCGUGAAAGGUACCCCGGACGCUCUUUGUCCAUAUUGGAUUCUGUGCGUGGUUUCCUAUGAUUGUUAAAAAGUAAAAAUAUUUAUCAGAACACCUAUUGUGUGAGUCUAUCUAGAUUUGUAUGUGGAUUUAAAAUAAAUUGUGGUAGACUUUCAGCUUUAAAAUUAAGUCCUAUCCAUAUUGUUAUGAUUUGAGCUAGCGCCAGUUUUAUUUCAUGUUGUAAUAACAUUCAAAUUAAUAUCACUUCAAAAUUUCUGUUGUAUGGGUAGGUUAUAAGUCUAGCUCAAAUAUGCAACGUUAAAAAAAUUAAAACAGAUUCUUGCUGUCAGUGUUUAAAGCAUUGUUUCCCUCCGCUUGAAACAAUGCAUUGUAUGUCAAGCCGUUGUUAUUACUAAGCCAGGUUAAACAUCUAGAGUUGGAGAGAGAGAGGAGUAAAUGUAACUCUUAACAAAUUGAGAUGUUGUGAAAAUUUAACUACAUUUAUGGAUAUAACCUGGUUUCACUUGUGUGCUUCCUUUAUGUCAUUAAUUAUUGAAGCGGUAAAGUCACAGAAUAUUAAAAUAAAAAUGGCCCUUUGCAACUUGAAUAUCAAGGUUAUCAUUGGGCUUCUAAAGCUUCAAAUUCAGCUUAUGAAGAAUUAAAUUCUGUGACUGUAACAAGGCAGAGGAAUGGUUACAAUUUGUAACGGCUUGCAAAUUGCUCAUUGCUCUGUCUGAGGGAUAAUGGGAGCAUUUGUGUUCAUAUUGUGAAAAUGCUCUCUGGGGUUCUAAAAAUUUGUGGAUUUCGCGUGAAGAGUUGUGCUAUUUGGUCAGCAUAUCUUCAACUCUAUUUAAUGUCAUUUAUUUAUACCAAAAUAGAGACUGCCUUGUCAGUAUUGUUGGGAUUAUUUCAAUAUUUUGUCGAUUCAUUGUUAACUACAUAGUAGACAAAAAAUUUCAAAUCUAUAAGUAGUUAAAUAUGAAAAUCUUGUUUUUUGAAGUAUUUAAAACAUUGUCAAAAUUACAAUCUUUAUCUGUGAUACAUUUCAGUGUGUGAAAGUAAGCCUGGUGAGCUAUUGGGAUAUAACUUCGAUAUUUCGUCUUCCGACAGGUCUGAUUAAUUUAAACGUGUAGGGUCUAGAUGUGGUGAUACAUUAAAUGAGGUACAAAGUAAGAUACAAAAUAAAUUGUGUUAUUUAUACUCAUUUGUGAUCCAGGCACUGACGGAAUUAGCAUAUCAAAGAUAUUUUUCUAUAGGUUACGGUUAAAUCAUGCUCUGAUAAAAAUUUACAUCUCAUUCGACUUAAUCAGAGAUAGGUGCCCUCAGUGUUUCAUCGUAUUAAUUCGCUUCUUAAAUUGGAUAUUCCUAGCAAGGUAAACUUCAAGUUGAAUAGUAUUUAUUUUCGUGAAAAAUUGUUUUAAUUCGAUGAGCCUGUACGGUACCUAGUGACGAAAUACUUGUGAUUCUUAUAUUGUUCUCAUUAUUUAUGUUAAUUUACUAGUUUAAAGAAAAAUAUAUUGUUGUUGAGAGUGGGCCAAAAAAUAAACUCUUCACAUUAAAA